GCUACAGACGUCAUCAAUCUUCCCUUGAACGAAGACUGUUGCUAUUCCAAGCCUUUGUCGGUUCUUGCCUGCGGAGUUGGCGAUCCCAGAAAUGUUUUGCUGUCGUUGUGUAACCUUUCGGAAACUUACGAAGAGGAGUUGACCUUCGUUUUAAACGACAUUUGUGCCUGUACUCUCGCUAGGACUGUUCUAAUACUGUAUAUCCUUUUUAAGGGUAAUUGUUGUCCUUCAAGAUAUCUCUGUCAGUAACUGCAAGGUAAAUUGCUAUGCCCGGUUUCUUUUAAUCUGUUUAGUACAUUUACGUUGAAUUCUUAGCGUUACGAGGCAUGCAAUCGGUUGCGUUGAAGACUGGGUUUCUUACCCUAAACCACAGCUACCAACAUAACCAAAGUGAAUUAAAGGUCUUGAUUUCAUUGAUUUACUGAGCUGAUUUAUGACGGCCAAUUUAUUUGGUUCUAUUUCACUUUGAUUUUGCAUUUUUGCUUACUUCACAGGAGGAGAAGACGUAGCAAGUUCAGUGACGCAGAUCUGGUAUUCCUUGCGGCUCAACGAUAAGCACUAUUGCCUUGUGAUCUCCAUGUUGCAAGAACUGAUCGAGGCAUCAAAUCUUGACGAACCGACAAAAGGAACAAUGCAGAUGAACCGGGAGCAGUUUCAAAAACUCGUUGAGGUGUGGCGCACCUGGCUUGAUCUCAGUUCACGCCAAGGAGACUGGAUAACAAAGGCUCGGAACAGGGGAUUUACGAACUUUGACGACAGAAAGGGAAUGGAACUUUACGUAGAAGAACUUCCUAAGGAACAUAAAGCAUCGGCAUCUGAUGGGUUUGCCAACGGGAUUCUUCUGCUUGAAAAAUCACGAAAAAAGCUUUCUCGAGAAAAUUUUACACUCACGAGUUCCGACUUCCUAGUAAACCACAACAAGAGCGCUUUCUCUUACAAAAUUCAGUCAUGCAUACUUUCAUUUGCAGGUUACUCACCGUCACUGUUGAAAAUGUAUAGCGAGUAUGUGAAUCACGUGCUUAAACAAUCCGCUUUAAAGCUUGUCACCGGGCGAGUCAAGUUUCACUUUCUGUUGAGUAACUGCAUGGAGAUUGUAAGGUUUGUUCCCCCAGACCACAAGUAUGACUGUGUCACAACUUCCAACAUUGCAGAUUAUGUUCCUCUGCCCAGCAUCCUGGAUACCUACAAGCCACUCUUAAACUUAUGUAAUCCCUUCUCGGUCAUUAUUACAGAGUUUUUAAAUUGGCCAAGGUACGUAAAUGUUAAGGAGAAGUUGAUGGUACGUGCCUUUUUCAUGCCGAAAGAUGAGAGCUUUCGCCAAAAAAUUUUUGAAGAUACCAAAAAUUCCGCCAUUGCAUUUUCAGAAUCUUAUCAGUCUUUUGUAGAGUAUCAUGACCACAGUGACCAGUUCAUCCAAUUCCUCGGUGCGGCCUUGCUGGUCUCUAAGUUCCCUCAUGAACGUAAUUGCAGGCGCAUAUGGAAGUCAGUGGCUGAUUACAAAGGGCUGGUUGCACGUGAUUUCCUUCGAUGCCAAAAUCGAGUCUUUCCCGCCAAGUGGUUGUUGAACUGGCGCCGAGUUUCAUUGCUCAAUGGGUCUGAAAGAGCUGUCGAAUGGAUUAUUUAUCAAUCAUAA